UGAUUUGUUCAUGGGUCAUUUCAUUUUGUGUGUGUUAAACCAAAAUGUAAACGCACAAGGUCUUUGAUCAAAAAGAAUCCUUUAAUCCUGAAAGUGACACAGCACGUAGAAACGAAAGAACCAAACAGCCGGUGAAGACCUCCAUGGAAGAUGAAGCCUUUAUAUCUAAAGUGAUUAUGUUUCAGAUAACAGGCGCGUUUAAAUAUUGAUGUGAUGUAAUCAAAUGAUCAACCGUUCAACUCCUCUCCAGAGAGUCUUAAAGGUAUUUCUAUUAGGGGGUCAACCACAACCUGAUUGUGACAGUUCACACCCAAAACCCACCCAGAGUAGCAGGAGGAUGGCGGUGAAUGUCUACUCCACCUCUAUGACCAUAGAGAACAUGAGUCGCCACGACAUGUUGGCGUGGGUCAACGACUCCCUGCAGCUCACCUAUACAAAGAUCGAACAGCUGUGUUCAGGCACCGCCUACUGCCAGUUCAUGGACAUGCUGUUUCCUGGCUGCCUGUUGAUGAAGAAAAUUAAAUUCAACUCAAAACUGGAGCAUGAAUACAUUCACAAUUUCAAGGUCCUACAGGCUGCGUUCAAGAGAAUGAACGUAGACAAGAUCAUCCCAGUGGAGAGGUUGGUGAAGGGCAAGUUCCAGGACAAUUUUGAGUUCCUCCAGUGGUUCAAGAAGUUUUUCGACGCCAACUACGACGGGAAAGAAUACGACCCUAUACUUACACGGCAGGGCCAGGAGGGGACGCCGAUACCUACAAGCAUAGGUGAGCCCAUCCAUCACAAACCCAAACGACCCGCUCGUUCAGGCUCCAUGAGAACGUCCCCCACAACUCCCAAAAGCGUCCCCCCGCCACAGAGACAGAGCGUAGCAAUGCCCCGCAGGAACCCUCCCAUGACCCGGAACGGAGGGGAUUCUGACAUCAUGGAGCUCCACCAGCAGGUGCUGGACCUGAAGCAGACAGUAGACGGUUUAGAGAAGGAGAGAGACUUUUACUUUGGAAAGCUGCGCGACAUCGAGCUCAUCUGUCAAGAGAACGAAAACGACGGCAGCCCGGUGCUCAGCAAAAUCAUUGACGUACUGUACGCUACAGAGGAUGGAUUUGCACCUCCAGAAGAUGAAGAAAUUGACGGAGCACGAGGAGACCAGGAGGAGUUCUGAACGCCUCCUCGUCAUCUCCAUCAGUUUGUUCCCUUUCCGACUUAUUUACCCGUUGACCCACCUGAUCAUCAUCAUCAUCAUCAUCAUCAUCCUUCCUCAUCUUUUUAUCAUUUUAUUUAUCUCCCUUUUUACAGUCUUCCCUCACACAUGAAGUUUAACUUCCCUAAACUUUCAAGUACUUGUGAAGGGAGACUAAAACCUGACCGGUGUGGACCCCGGUCCAGUAUCUUGGUUUGUCUUACUCCCGGUCAAUGGAACCAGAGUGUCGCCACUCUGGUUACAGCACUACACGAUUUGUGUCAAACUGACGUCGAGUCCAUGCAUGAGCUGGUCCAGCAUGUUUGAAGAAUAGAAGUAUAACUGAACAGUAUUUGGACAAACUACAUUUAAGUUUUAGUUUUAACUGAUUGUUAAAAACAGGAUCCAACAAUAGGGUGUGUGAUCAUAUUUGUUGUCUUGUUGAUGUUAAGUCCCAUGUCUUUGUUUGUGUCUCUGCUCGUUUUAGAGUCCAGGCUAAUUUAAUACUACAUUUUUAUUUAAGCCUCAGUACAAAGGAGAGCCACAACAGUUUCAAUAAGAAGCUAAAUCUUUAGAAAUUUAACUUAUCAUUGUCACGCUCUAAAAAUGUAUCGUAAAUAAAAUUAAAAGAAAAACAGGGUAAAUAUAAUACCAAAAAGUAUUAUAUAAAUAUGAAUAUAAAACACUAGUCAUGUAGCGUAUUACAUGUUACAAUUGGAUACAAAAUUUUUAUGUCCUGUUAAAACUCUUCAUUUAGCAAAAGCAUGCUAUUUUGGCGCUAAUGCUCCUACACACUAGUGCGACACGUGAUUAGGAAGCUAAUGUGGUUUGUCCAAAUGAUGUUUUUUGUACCGCUCAUGCCACAACACACAGCACUAAAGAGCUAUUUCAGCCUUGCUAGCCUUUCAAAGGUUUAAACAGAGACUAUAUUAACAAAUGAACACAUGCUUCCAGAUUUGAGAUUGUUUCAAAGGAGCAGUUGGCCACCAGGGGGCGGCUGCAGUGAUUGCAGAAAGCAGCCAAUUCUAAUCUUGAUCGAUGACAAAAGUACAGUAGAAAGUUUAAUGGCGUGGUUAUGAGAGUCCCAGGCACGAUUCUGUAAAUUAGUGUUUGAUUUAAAGAUAAGAAAAAAAAUAGAUGACAAAAGUGGAAACCUUGUGAUUGACAGCUCGCUCGAUUCAAGAAGGGCACGUACUCCCUGGCUAUGUGAACCUGCUGAUAGGAAUUGCUGAAUUUAAGUUUUUGAAUUUCACACGAUUUUGCAAAGGUUUUGUGUGCGGUCUAUUGGUUUGACUUGGAUUUCAGUGAGAUCACAGGGUUCCAGCUCUGACAACAGGAAGUCGCUUUCAGUCACCGUCAACCCUGACUGGUGACCUCACACUGAAACACGCACGCAUACACGCGCAUGUCAGGGUUCUGUUUGACCAGAUGAAGCUCCUUUCACUGAAUGUCUUCAGACGGUGAGAUUAUAAACGGUUCAAAGUCCCUCAGAGCAGAAAGAACUGCACCUUUGUAUCAGAUGUCUGUGCUUCAUUGACAUUCAGCCAGAUUACAUAUCACAGACUUUCUUACAUGUGUAAAAAAAAAACCAAAAAAAAAAAAACAAGUCAUCAUUCCCAGGAAAAAAGAGGAAAAGAAGAAGAAAAAUCAUCUCAUAUAAUCGUUCUAACUCCCACCACAGGGUAGGGUUUGCUAAUGAAACUGUACUGACAGCUUGUUUAUGAGGCAGCAUGAUGUAUUUAUGGUUUUAUUUAUUUAUUUUCUUAAUCUGCUCUAUACAGUUUUUUGGAAAGAAGGAAAAAAAACAUAUUGUUUUGGACUAAAGGGGAAAUUGAAUGUCUUGCACUAAAUGUAGCAAAAACAAACGGAGUGAAGUUAUUGAAAAUGCCAAGACGUUUUUUUUUUGUUUUUGCGAGGAAGAUACAGGAACAUGUAGUUUUGUAUUUUUGAGAGUUUUCUUUUCUUUUGGAAAAAGGUUUGUUUCUCUUUUUUUUUUUUUUUUUUGUUCAAUUGUAUUUAAUUUGCACUCACUUCCUCAGCGGCCAAGUCGGGGGUUUUAGUGCUUUAGCUAUUUAUUAGACUGUGGUCAGAUUUGAGUUUUAUGAAUGAACAAGGUAAAACAGACUGACACUACUAAAUACUAAUGUUUGACUGCGUACGUUGAGUUAAACAUUUUAGCUGCUAUCCUUUCUAUUCUGUUGCGUUUUUUUUUUUUUUAGCAGAGUUUUGUUGUGUAGCGGUGGCUGCCAACACUGACGGCGAGGUUGACGGUGAGCUUAGUGUGACUGGCCUUAGUCGGACUGGUCUGAUAGAACUAGACAUUCAACACUGUCAGUUUGUUUUUGUCAUGACAGCCUUGUGGUGAACAAACUUUGAUGUCACUGCUUGAAUGCAAUAAAGUUCUGGAGGA